AGCAGUAAGGUGACGUCACCAAAUAGAAUGGAGCAACGCAAGUUUGACGGCCCAGCAUGGAACGGUUAGGGUGAAGUGAGAGUGAGACAGAGAGACCCAAACCCCAUGGAGGUGAACGGGACGGAAGCGCGGGCCGAGGAGGCGGCAGUGACGCUCGCGCUUAGCGUUGCCGUCACCGUCAUCUCCGCCAUUGGACUGCUGCUCAACGCCUAUAUAUUGUUCAUCAUAGUUAUUACUAAACAGCCGGCAUCAGCGUCGUCAGUACUACUGGUGCACCUGGGUGCGGUGGGUGCGCUAGCGAGCGGUGCAGCGCUGUGCGGGGGCGGGGGUGCCUGCGUCUGUAGCGCUCUACUCCAUGCGCUGCAUCCGCUGCAGCUAUGGACUGUGUGUGGCCUACAUGCUGACCGAGCUGCCGCCAUUGCUGCACCGCUGCAUUAUGCUGCUAUCGUGUCCGCCAAGAAGGUAUUAAUUUGCGUGGCAAGCGGAUGGGUAGCAACGGCAGCUUUACUAGCUCCACUGGCAGCAGCGCAGCCACCCCUGGCGUAUAGCGCUGGGCUCGGUAACUGCGCGCCAGAUUGUGGAGCUGGACCAGCUGCACUUGGUUUCUGCAUCGUGUACGCGUCGCUCACGUUGAUCCUGCCUGCUGCUCUCGUCCUCCUCUGCAGCCUAAAGAUCCUCCGCAUUGCACGCUACCAUCGACACAGGAUCGCAGCGGCCAUAUAUGAAGUGACCCUAUCAGCACAAGUGACAGUGACACACCAAAGAAAUCCAUUCUCCCCUCCACCGCCACCACGCAGGAGAGCACUAUCGGCAGUACUUCAGCCCCUAGGUUCACUUGCCAUAUUAUACUUUCCUUAUUACUGCGUGUUGAUAUGGCCAGCAGUGGCGGUGCCUCCACAGCCACUAGCUGCUCUAUCUGCUGCUCUUUUAGCAGCUGCACCACCAGUUAAUGGUAUCUUAUACGGUAUAAGGAGUCGAGCACUGCGUGAUUCACUUCGUAAUUAUAGGAGAAAACGAAUGACAAAAAGCGAAGUGACACAAGAGAUACAGGCGAGGACUCCCAGUGCAUGUGGAUCUAGACGACCCUCGUUAUCUGCUGGCUCAGGCUGUAUACGACCCCCGACUACUAGGAGAUUAUCGGACGCAGCUGCGAUGGGUUCGAGAGGCUCAGAACGACCAGCACAACGUGCAGCAUCUUGCAAUAUGCUGCAAGACUCGCAGGAGGAGGAAGUAGUGCCACGACCUCGGACGUCGGCUAUCCCUAUAAUCCGAGCUCCUCCACACGUGGUCCUUGGUCGAGCUCUAGGUCUUGAGGAGAUGGGUGGUACGCGCGAUCGACGACGUCGCCAAUCGCCACGUAUCACGGUGACGCGUGCUAUGUCAGAUGAGAGUGAGUCGCCGACGCGGCGGCCGCUGUGUCGGCAGCAGUCGCGGUCGAGCGGGGCUCUGUUGGGUGGCGUGCCAUACUCGCCCGCCAUCUCGGAGCACGUGCACUUGGACAGCCACGCCGAUGAGCAGCUGCUGCUGACCUGGCCACAGAAUGGCACUCACGAGAAACACGACGCUUUAUAAAACGGGUAUUACGCUUAGAGUAGUCGCUGAUGUAUGUGUAUAAAUAUAAAGACAAUAAGUAAAUGUGUGUGCGGUUCGAAGUCGAGUUGCUUCGGUGUUUUGAGAUGUUGUUAUUUUUUAAUCGCUUCGUCCACCCGUCUCUCGACCUCCCCGGACGGUGACCAAAUAUUAUAUGAAGUUUCCUAUAACUAUUUACAACUGUAUCGUAGGCGUACGA